ACAGUCAUCACAGUGUCCAUGAGACAGGGAAAAUACAAAAAUGCUUUUGAGUUAAUUUUUGGUUAAGAUUGUUUGUUUUUUUUUACACCACAUUUUUGUGUUCUUUCUUUAUCAUAAAUGAACGAGUUUGAUGCAUCGUAUAUCUCCACGCGUGUUCCCCUUAAGGUUCAAAUUGCUGUUCCGGAUAUUACCACACUACCGGACAAAGAAUCAGUGCGCAUUUGGGAUGUCGUCUACAACUUCAUUUCACUUGUAGUACGAAUUGUAUCUUUUGGAAUUACAAUUUAUGUUGCGAUCCAGUAUUAUACCCACGGGAAUGAAAAUUACAUGACCUAUACUCUAGCUUGUUGGAUUAUUCCCUGGAUAUUAACCCUAUUCAUCAGCUGUGAAGUGAAAGCUAGAGAUGAGUCUAUAAAAAUGCAAAGUACACAAAAAGACUGCUGCUUGAAAAUUUCAUGGAUCAUUUUUUUGAAUAUUUUACGCUAUUUGGAAUCUUCAAAAUAUUCUGCCAAGUAUUGGUUAGCCAGAAGGAGGAAUCAGAAUGAAAGAGCCCUAAAAUAUUACAAAAAACUCCUGCAGGCCGAUUGUGAUGAAACAUUUCUUCGUCUCUUUGAUUGCUUCCUUGAGACUGCACCUCAGAAAGUACUCCAGAUUGCGAUAUAUUUUAGCGAUGAUAUUGAAGCCCACACACUAAAAGUGACAUGUUUGGAUGUCGGUCAAACUGGAAGGGUGCUUGUAACUGGAGCCCAAGAUCGUAAUGUCAAUCUUUGGGCUUUUGGAAAUGAUAAAUGUUUCAUGUCACUUGAUAGUCACAACUGUGCAGUAGAUUGUGUCAGAUUUGCAUACAACGAUGAUGUCGUAUACUCCGCAGAUGAGAUUGGAAUUAUUAAGCGAUGGGACCUAAAUAUUGGAGGAAAUUGCAUUUCUUUCCAUGGGCAUAUGAAGAGUGUGCGCACUCUAGAUUUUCAUCCUUUCGGAGAAUACAUUGUUUCAGGAAGCAACGAUACCACGAUCCGCCUGUGGGAUAUACGCACAGGAAAUUGCAUCAAAAAGUACCGUGGACACAUAGCUAAUGUCAACUCGGUUCGGUUUUCUCCAGAUGGGUCCUGGAUUGCAUCAGCCGGCAGUGAAGGUUCCGUUAUUAUAUGGGAUAUACGUAUGAGUAAGGAAAUCAUUGACUUUCAGGAACACGCCUCUUCAGUCAAUUGCAUUCAAUUCCAUCCUUUUGAGUUUUUACUGGCUGCUGGCAGGAAUGACGGCACUGUGGAUCUAUAUGACUUAGAAAGCAAAAAGAUAAUUUCGCAUACAAAUACAAGAGCUUCCAGCAAUCCUACCAUUCACAGUGUGAAGUGUGUAAGAUUCAGUGAAAACGGCGAGUGUCUUUUUGUUGGUUCAACAACUGGAAUUUCUGUGGUUGGAUGGGAACCUGAUCGUGAGUUUGAUCACAUCGAAUCGAAGUGGAACAUUCUCGGAGACAUGAAAAUUAUAAAUCAGCAGCUAAUUUGUGGUUCUUACGACAACACCAAUGUAUCAAUUUAUGCUAUGAAUUUAGGACUGAUAAUGCCCUUCUAUAAUCCUUCAAACACAACCUUUAAUCACAAUCACAGCUCUCGGAAAAGUUUCAAUCGAGGACAGAGGAAAAUGCGACUCUCCGUUGGUAAAGAAGAUAAGCCUUCUUUCACAGUUCCCACCGUGCCUGAAGAAGGAAUGUCUUCACCCAAUCUCAGUAUCGAAAUGGAGGACGAUCAUGAUAUUUUUGAUAAAUGUUACGUGCCGAAAUAUUCUGAACUUCCAGUAACAAGUUGCUUGGGUUUUUCAACUGAUACCGUGAGUCCUAGUACAAAUUUUCAAUUUCCUAGCUAUCAUUUAGAUUCAGACAACGUCAAUGAGUAUAAUCUUAUAAAAUGUGGUGAUGAAUUUUCUAUGGCUGACGUAGACAAAUUGUCUAAUACAGCGAAAGAAGAUUUUCCUGUCAACAGUGCUCAACCACCUGACUACGCCCCAAAGAUGUCCUAUGCGCCCCAAACAACGAUAGUAAGUCGGACAACAAUGGUUGCAAAAGGACGAUUUGAUAGGAGAGGGAGUGGAAGUACGCACACAAGCAUUCCGAGUACGAAACAAAAUUUGCAGAAGAAAAUUAUGAACUCAAUUAGUGUGACAAAUUUGAAUGAAAUUGACGAACCGCUGAAUAAUAGGCACGAAAUACAAUCUCAAAAAACGAUACCACGCGGAGGUUCCCCUGUACGUGGACCCUGCCAAUCGUAUAAACUCCGCCGUAAUGAUUAUCAAGCACAAAUUAAUAAGGAGAACAACUUAAAGAAUCGCAAUACCACUGAAGUACAGAUAUUUGUAAAACCUAUACGUUCAAAGUCAACGUUAGAUAUGAAAUGUCAGCCACAGAUUAACCACAAUCGGCCAUCGCAAAAGAUUAUUAACUAUGGUCAUACUGAGGGAGCUAAUGAAGGACAUGAAAUGAAGAUCUUGAUUAACAAUCAUGACACAGUGUAUCAAGAACUAUGCAAUAGACAUGCGAGCCUAAAAAUCGUUAAAGAAUCUGUCAAGGGACAGGACGUCCACACCGCCCUUAGGCAAUGUGUUCGCUUAAAAGAUCACGCCAUUCUUGUGGAUCUUCUUGGGGCUAUACUAGAAAAAUCAGCUUCAUGGACGUUAGACAUGUGUGUCAUAUUGCUACCAGAGCUUUACGAGAUGCUGCAAAGUGAUCGAAAAUUCUAUUGUACCAGAGCAUGUGACACACUUCGUGUCAUUCUGACUAAUUUUUUGCCACUUAUAAAAGCAAAUGCAGAUUCGUGGGCUGCAAGAUCACUUGGUGUUGACAUUAACAGUGAGGAGAGAUGGCAGAAAUGCAAUGAAUGUCGAAAAUGGCUUCUCAUGAUACGGACCUUGCCGGAAAACAACGUUGUUGGAGUUACGCUAGCUCCCCUGCAAAAUUUGAUUAUCGAUAUUUAACUUCCAAUAACUUAUUUUAACUUAAACACAUAUUUUUAGGAUUUGAAAUAUUAAAAUUCAAAAGUUUUAAUACCUACAUAUUUAUAAAAAAUUUUAAUAGUGAAAUUUAAGAUUUAAUUGAAUUGAAAGUUAAUGCCGAAAAAUUAAAAUAUUAAUAAAAUAUGUAUAAAAUAGCAUCAAUAAUAGAUAAAUAAAUAAUUUGACUACAUAUAUAAA